ACAUUUGAUCUAUGGUAACAACGCUGACAUUGACAACGACAACUGACUAGGCUGCUCAAAAGAUAACCUCGAUUAGCUCGAGUAUAAUUUUCCAGUUUUUCAAAUAUUUAUCUUUAUAUUACGGCUUCUGUUCACAAAAUUGUGAUUGAGACAAGUGUUUUUACGUUAUAGUUUCAGAUAGAUCAUUAAGGCAAUAUGAGUCGAUUUUUCGCGGGUUCGGACUCAGAUUCCGAUAGCUCAUCUGAGGAGGAACAAAUCCAGCGCCCAGCCGGACCUCAAUUCACCUUUUCGGAUGAUGAAGAGGAAGUAAAACGUGUAGUACGAUCAGCAAAAGAGAAACGUUAUGAAGAACUUACAAAUAUUAUCAAGCAAAUUAGGAACUUUAAAAAGAUCAAAGAUAUGUCCAGUAUGCUUAAUAGUUUUGAGGAUCUUCAAAAAGCAUUUGUAAAAGCCAGUCCUGUUAUUGCCAAGGAAGAAAAUGGACAAACCCCUAGAUUUUUCCUUAGGUGUCUGGCAGAGAUGGAAGAUUUUAUUAACGAAAUGUGGGAAGACAGAGAUGGGAGAAAGAACAUGAGUAAAAACAACAGUAAAUCCUUGGCUUCCAUGCGUCAAAAACUGCGGAAAUACCUUAAAGACUUUGAAGAAGACAUUGUUAAGUUCAGAGAGAACCCAGAUCAACCCGAUGAUGAAGAGGAAGAAGACAAAAAUGAACCUGCUGAUGAAUCUGAUGAUGAACCACCUGUUAAGAACCAGUUUAUCAAAACCCCUACAGCACAUGCUGUAAAACAGGAGAAAGAUUCUGAUUCAGAUUCGGACGAGUGGCCUUCGGAUUCUGAAUCAAGUUCUGAUUCAUCGGAUGAAGAUGAUGGGAAAUACACAAGCAUGAGAGAAAGGUUUUUGAAGAAAAACAAGGAGGACGACGAAGAAAAAGAGAGAAGAAAGGAAGAGAAACGUAAAGAAAGGAAAGAGAAAGAACGAAGGAAAUUGAAGAAGGAGGCUGAAGAGGAAGACGGAGAUGGAGAAGGUUGGGAAAAAGUGAAAUAUGGUAUAGCCAUUCCUAGUGAAAAGCCGAAAAUGUUUGCCAAAGAUGCAGAGAUCGAUCUAAAUCUUGUUAUAAAAAAACUAAGCGAAAUUAUGGCUGCUAGAGGAAAGAAACGUACAGAUCGUAGAGAACAAAUUGAACUUUUGCAUGAGUUACAAGCAAUUUCUGAUCAACAUAAACUUGGGCCAGCUAUGUUUGUUAAAAUUAAAUUUGCCAUUAUAUCAGCUAUUUUCGAUUAUAAUCCCAAAGUAUCUGAUGCUAUGAAGCCCGAAUAUUGGACAAAACUUUUGGAAAGAAUGUCAGAAAUGCUUGAUAUUCUCUUAAGUAACAGCAAUUUAAUUGUGGCAGACUCUGUUACAGAAGAAUCAGAGAAUUUGGAAGAGCCACCCUAUAAGAUACGGGGUUGUGUCUUAACUUCAGUAGAGAGGUUAGAUGAUGAAUUUAUCAAGUUGUUAAAGGAAUGCGACCCUCAUUCAAACGAGUAUGUUGAAAGAUUGAAAGAUGAAGCUCGUGUGUCCAAUAUAAUCGAUAAAACUAUGCAAUAUCUUGAAAGAACUAACAUUCCUUCUGAGAUAUGUCGCAUUUAUUUGAGGAAAAUCGAGCAUCUUUAUUACAAGUUUGAUCCACGAGUUCUACAACAAAAAUCAGGUGAACUUCCAAAAACUGUCGUAACAUCCGUUCAAGAGAUGGAAAAAUUAUGCAAAUUUAUCUAUGCCAGGGAUGGUACUGAUCGACUCAGAACUAGAGCAAUCUUAUCCCACAUCUAUCAUCAUGCUCUACACGAUAACUGGUUUCAGGCAAGAGAUUUGUUCUUAAUGUCCCACUUGCAAGAAACAAUUCACCACUCUGAUCCGAGCACGCAAAUUUUGUACAACCGUAUGAUGGCUCACUUGGGAUUGUGCGCGUUUAGACAUGCCAACAUUAAGGACGCCCAUAAUUGUCUUGUCGAUCUGAUGAUGACCGGCAAACCAAAAGAACUUUUAGCUCAAGGGUUGUUACCACAAAGACAGCACGAACGUUCUAAAGAACAGGAAAAAAUCGAGAAGCAACGUCAAAUGCCGUUCCAUAUGCACAUUAACCUGGAACUUUUGGAGUGUGUGUACUUAGUAUCCGCCAUGUUAAUUGAAAUACCUUAUAUGGCAGCUCAUGAAUUCGAUGCCAGGAGAAGAAUGAUUUCAAAAACCUUCUACCAACAAUUAAGGUCUUCAGAACGUCAAAGCUUGGUAGGUCCUCCGGAAAGUAUGAGGGAGCACGUAGUAGCUGCCGCAAAAGCCAUGCGUAACGGAAAUUGGUCGGCUUGCGAUACUUUCAUCAUCAACGAUAAAAUGAACGCCAAAGUGUGGGACUUGUUCUAUCAAGCCGACUCUGUGAGGGCCAUGCUGACAAAAUUAAUUAAAGAAGAAUCUUUAAGGACUUACUUGUUUACAUAUUCCCAUGUUUACGAUUCCAUAUCAAUGCAAACAUUGGCUGAAAUGUUUGAAUUGCAAAAACCUGUCGUGCAUUCCAUCAUUUCCAAGAUGAUAAUUAACGAAGAACUCAUGGCUUCUCUGGAUGAUCCAACGCAAACCGUUGUCAUGCACCGCAGUGAACCGUCCAGGCUGCAAUCUCUAGCACUGCAACUCGCUGAUAAAAUCAAUAAUUUCGUCGAUUCCAACGAACGCAUCUUGGAAUCGAAACAAGGCAACUUCUUCUUACGCGGAGCAAACCAGGGUAAUUUCAGAGGGGACAGGCAAAACUAUCGUGGAGGACGUCGUGAAAAUAGAAAAGAGAAUUAUUAAUUUUAAAAUAUCAAUUCUUCAAUUAUCGCAUGAUUUUCUAUUUUAAUUUCAAGUUAAGAUACUUUAAGAAGUUGUCCAAUGAGUAUAUUAUUUAAAUUAUAUUGUAUUAUCGCAAAUAAAACAAUAUAUAAUAU